CUCCACGUCGGCGUUGGCGUCGGCAUCGACCCAGGGCAGUAUUUGACCCCGUCUUACGCAUCGGUGUUGAUCCGGAUAGACCAUACCGAUGAAGGCGGCAAGCAAAAUGCAUGGUUCUGCGUGUCUUCGAUGUGUCAGGCAGAAGAAAAAGUGUGAACCAGAACAUGGUAUUUGCAACAAUUGCAUCCGGGCGGAUGUGGAGUGCAGCAACAACGGUAGCAACGCUGCUGGUAAUCCAAGUCGCAGGGCUCUUCUUCUGCCAUUCCAACGAGCAAUCCACCACCUGAGGCAGGAACUUACAGCAUUUGAAGGAACUGCUCCCGCUCAGAGGCCUCUGGGGCCAAUUGACGGGAUCCCAUCCCGAAAUGUCUCCAGCGCCCAAGGACGGCGCUUGUCACAUGAGCAAGGCCUUGAGGAGGAACCUGUGGUUGCAAUCUCAAGGCGGCGUGCCGAUACAGAGGCCGUUCUUCGAUUUGCUCGGUCGAUCUGUGGCCGCGUUGUCCGCAAUCCUGGUUACAUGGUCUACCUCAAUCGGUUACACAUGGGCGCAGAGCUUCCGUUUCCCUUGACCCAUCGAUCGAACGACUCAAGCUUACGUCCGGCCAAGAGAGACGCGCAGAGUCUGGUUGCUCAGCUACCCUCUGAAGUGACCCGAAAGCUGCUUGCUGUCUACACUGAGCGCCUACUCCCACAAUGUCCCAUAUUUUCUCCCGCAGAGGUCCAAGGCAUUUACAGCCGAGUAUACAGCACGUCCACAACCUCGAAGCCAAGUAUUAGAGGUGACAACUUCAUCAUCUGCAUUAUCUUGGCGAUAGCAACCCUGAAUUCCAAGUCGGACGACUAUAGAAAGGUCAUGGACGUGGCCGACAGCUUUCGCCAGGAAGCAAUGGAUCACGAUGACAAUGGAGAGGUUUUGGCAACAACAAGCAUUCGGUGCCUGCAGGCGCUCCUCCUUCUCGCGCAGUAUGGGUUGUUCAUGUCUCAACACGUCGAUCUUUGGCACACAGUGAGUGAGGCGAUGAGAGUUGCCAUAGAACUUGGCCUUCAUCAGGACCCACCGCCAGCUUCCGGGCUUGACACAGAGGUCUUACAGCUGCGUCGACGGCUCUUUUGGGCGACGUAUAGCAUGGAACGCACCAUUACACUGACAUGUCACCGGCCUUUCGCCAUUCGUGAUGAUCAGAUCAAGUUGCCGUGGGCUACAUCCACGAAUACGGGUGCCGACGCGCUGACCUUUGGCGAUUCCUCCACCAUAAGCAGAUACCUCAAGCACUUGUCGUACUGCUCCUUGCAAACCGAAAUAUCCGAUGUCAACAUCUCAGCUGAGCCGAUCCCUUCACCUAGUCUGAGCUACUCCGACUGGGUAGAAUCGUGCGAGCGGAGGGUAGAGGAGCUCCGUGGCAGCAACUGGACCGAGACAGCACUCAUCCCUGACUGGCUCGACCUUGCAGCCUGGCGGUGUUUAGCUUGGCUGUACAUGCCAUGUCCCAAGAAUCCUUGUCCGUCCGACCAAGCGAUCUUCAAGUUCAUCCAAGCGUUGCUCCGCAUGCUUGACAUCUAUUGGGAACUUGCAAAAGCAAGAUCUUUGAAGCUUUGCUGGUUCGCGGUUCACCACGCUUAUGAAAUCGGAACCCAAAUGCUGUUCUGCAUGCAGAAUUACCCGCUUAUCGUCAAGUCGGUUUGUGAUAAGUUUAAAGUUCUCGACGCCUUGACUCAUUUAUCUGAUUUUCUGAUUUACAUGGAAGAACGCUGGCCUGCAUCAGUACAGUGCAGGUCAUUACUCGAUAAGUUGAAAAAAGACAUCAUUGAAGCUUUUAUUCGUGACCAGCAUGCAAUUUCCACGGUCAACGCCCACUCGGGUGAGCAGCGUAUUGUGGAUCUCAUCUUUCGCAAGAAUGGGCACUUCUUCCUGAUGGCUGAAGAGCCCUUCGAUCUCAAUUUCCACUUUGACGAUAUGCUGUCCGAUGGCACCCUUGGUCUUCCCUCAGAUUUGACUUCCUUGUUCAACGAUAUUUCGGACACAUUCAAUAUGCAUGAUGAUCUUUUCGACACCGCUGGCGAUCCCACGCUCCUCCCCACGGCCAGCCUGCCCACUCCUACCUCCUCGGUAGCUCUGGAUUUCUUUGGGGAAUAUUUCGCUCAACAAUCAACCGAAGCUCAGCAACUGAUCACAUCUUGCUCACAGACUCUUUCGAGUCUGCAUGCGUGUCGUCUGUGCAGAUCAAAGAGGAUUAAAUGCACGCGAACCUUGCCCUGUUGCCAUAAUUGCGUUGACUAUGGAAAGGAAUGUCUCUACAAAGAGCCCUCGACAGGAGAUUGGAUCAGUGGAGUCUCCUUGCACCAAAUGCAAGACGAGGUCAGAAAUUUGCUCAAGUCGAUUGAAGAAGUUCGAAGAGUACGCAAAGACUAUCUCACGGAAGCCCAGCUAUGCAGCAAUCCCGAACCGCCCGGUUGCGAGGAUAACCGACGCUCGACUUUUCUCAGCUUUGAGACACAUUAUGGCCCUUCUGUGUGCUAUCUCGGCGACGCAAGCGUGCUGGGUCAGUUUGCAUCAGGAACAGGAUCCGCCUCCAGUGGACCAGAGGUCAGUUUAGUUCCACCAGGGGCGAUCUUUUCCGGUCAUGAACUCGUCUUCCGCUCGCUCGAUGAGCUAUCAGAUGGUGCGCUGGAGAUUCUCGUGAAGCAAUAUCUAGACUGUUUUGAUAUUUUCUAUCCCAUCUUGGGUGAAACAUUGGUCAGCGACUUGGUCAAUGCCCGGAGGACGGAACCAGUCCCAACUGCAACGGAUGCCCAACCUGAUGCGCUUCUGAAUUUGCUUGUUGCGAUUGCUCUUUUGUCGUCACCAUUUACCACACGUUCUGCCACAUUUUACUUAUCUAAUUACUAUUUCGAGCGUGCAAUGUCGCUGGCGUCCACUUCAGAUCAAUUGCACACAAGUGCAACUCUUAGCGCCUUGCGGUUCGCGCUUCUGAUAUGCGUCUACGUUUGGUUGAAUCCCGAGGCGGGAAAUCUACCAAGGUUAAUCAACGCUUCCUGCAGACUUUGCCUAGAUCUUCUUGAAAGUCAAGACCUGAAAGCAGACGACACCGCAGCCCUUCAUGUACUGUUCCGGACAGCCUAUGUAAUGGACACUGAUUCCGCCGUUGCACUUGGACGACCAAAUUAUCUCACUGAGUGGACAGACCUAGGGAAGAUGGUCGUGACUGCUGGCCAUCCGGAUCAAAACAGCGGCGCCUUGUCGUUCUUGGUUUUCAACUUGGCCAGACUCCGAUCCAAGAUCCACAAGGCGAUAUUGUGUUUCGCAGCAACUGAGGAAAACUUGAUGGAACUUUAUUCCACGUCGAUCAUGUCAUUCGAAGCACAAAUUGAGGAUUGGUGGAAAGAAUGGGAACAAGAAACAACGAAACCCCGCCGAAAUUGGCCGGAGAAUAGCAGCCGUCAAUUGCCGAUUGACCGCAAGGCGUUCCAGUACGGCCUCAUCUUGAAGUCUGAAACAUUGGCGCUGCUUCGCGUGCUGGCUGGAUUUUACGAUCCACAGGCAGAUCAGGGCCUCCGCCCUCUAUCUGCAGAGGCAGUUAUUGUGUCAUUUGCAGGUGCCUUGCAAAUGCAAUUGGCGGACUCUCCAAAUGGACGUGCUGCAGACCACGCAUUUCCUAUAUGUUGGAAUCACUACAGCAACCUCUUCGGUGCAGGAUUGGGGCUUUUCGAUUCCGACGCAAUAGACAAGAUACCUGAGACAAGAAGACACGCUCUACUACGACAGUGCUGCGAACUUCUCACCCUUUGCGAGAGGUGCAUAGGCUCGCGUGACUGGACGCUUUCCAGCCGCUUAUUAGAGCGGAUACAAGAAGCAGGAGGAUAG